GGGGUCUUGGACGAAGUAGCCCCUCAAAUGUAUCUAUAAAUACAGUUGGAGAAAACACCAUCUGAUCAAAUCAAAAUCAUUUCUUCAACUCAAUAUCGGCUCUUCUUUGUUUGAAAUAUGGCAAGUUUGGCGGUAGACGCAAUUCCAAGGUUCAUCGUGAUCAAGUCAAAAGUUUAUAGUGAUAAAGGCAAUGCAUACUUCAAGGCAGAGGGUACUGGUGGGUCCAUACUUCUCGGUGAAGCCGACAUGUUCAGCACGCUUGUGAAGAUCGAGGCUGAGCGAUCAAAAAGCAGCAAUAACUACAUCAACCUCCGAUUUUGUUAUUCCAAUAGAUAUUGGGCGCGGAAGGCAGACAGCAACUUUAUUGUGGCCGACUCCGACCAGCCCGAAGAAGACACGACGAAGCCAACAUGUACAUUGUUCGAGGCAGUUAAGGUAGAUGAUUUCUUCUACUUGAUUCACGUUCAGAGCGGAGGGCAUCUGUUGAUGGAUAGCGCAACCUUGGCUUUCUAUGUGGACUCCAACUCCAUAAGUGAACAAGCUUACCUAACUUUUGUGGAUUGGAAUUCAUUAGUGAAACUGCCUCCGCGCAUAGCGAUCAAAGGAGAUAAUGAAAAGUAUAUCAAAAAUUUUAACGGCAACUUGCAGUUCGCAUCCGAUGAUGCUAACAACGAAGAUUCGAGCUACCUGGUCGAGUUGAGGCCGAACGGAAAUGUCCAAAUAAGGCUGGCUGGUAAUGAAGAUGCUUACUGGUCACUAAGCCAUACAGUUAAUUCCUGGAUUAACAUGGUCGAUCCUUUCAGUGAGCAAAAUCAGUUCUGGCCUGUCAAAGUCGAUGAAAAUUCAAUCGCGCUCCGCAGCGUUGACAACAACAACUUCUGCCGGCGUCUCACUGCUGAAGGUGCCGUGGAUUGUCUGAGCGCGUCGGCUACCACUAUAAUAAAUGAGGCAAUAAUUCAGGUGCAAGAACAGGUACUGGGAAGAAAGAUCUACAACGUGAGGUACGAGAUGGAGUAUGCUCGGAUCUUCGACGAGCAGCCUUACGUAGCGGGGUCGUCCACGCUGACCAACGAUCAAGAUGAGGAGGCUUCUAUGGAAGUCUCGAUAACGUACACAGACACGAAGACUUACACUUUUACACGUAGCUUAUCGUUGACGGCGGGGAUUACGACCUCCAUCGAAGCUGGUGUUCCCUUCAUUGAGAAAGCAUCGAUUACAGUCAAUUAUGAGAUAAAUGGGACAUUUGAAUGGGGCACUGAACAAUCAAAUUCAAUAGAAGUUAUUGCUACAGGUACGGUUCCUGUGCCGGGGAAGAGCACGGUUGUGGUUGAUUAUGUGGGAACGAAGGGCACGUGCAAUAUUCCGUAUUCUUACACUCAGGAAGACAAGAGCUCCACCGAUGGCAAGACUCUUUACACUGACGUGAGUGAUGGUAUUUACACUGGCGUCAAUUGUUACAACUUCAGCUUUCACGUUAGAUCAACUCAGCCGCUUUAAACAUGGACGUACCGAUCAACUCUCAGCCUCUUCUUUAUUGUUAUGCUAAUGAAUGUUUAACUUAAUGUUAUUGUAUUUCUAUUUCUUGUAAUUUCUUUUUUUAUAUAAUGUCGAGUCGAGGCAAGUCCUCUAUUGUUGCCGCAAUUUUAUACUCUCUCCGUCUCAAUUUUAUUUUUGGGUUAUCUCAUUUAUAAUGUUUCAAUUCAAAAAAAUAAAAAUAAAAUAAGGCUAUUUCCUUAA